ACGCAUACAUACAGCGCACAGAGCCGUGAGUAGGAAGCUGAGCAUUUUUGAAAAGUGACAAAAAGAGAAACAAAUAGAUCGAUCGAAAAUGGCGGAAUUGAGUGGACUGAAACUGGAGCAGAGGCAUGGAAAAUCCAGAGUGAGAGUAGCCAGGGUUUGGAAAAGUCACGAUGGGAAGCAUCACUUUGCUGAAUGGAGUGUUAACAUUAGCCUCCUCUCCGAUUGUUUACCUGCCUAUGUCGCCGGUGAUAAUUCCGAUAUCGUCGCCACCGAUACCAUGAAGAACACUGUGUAUGCCAAAGCUAAGGAAUGUUCAGAGCAACUCUCAGCUGAAGAUUUUGCCAUUAUACUUGCAAAGCACUUCACCUCCUUUUAUCAGCAGGUCACUGCUGCAAUUGUCAAUAUAGUUGAAAAGCCAUGGGAACGCGUUAGCAUAAAGGGCCAACAACAUGAACACGGUUUUAAGCUUGGCUCUGAAAAACACACUACCGAAGUAAUGGUCGAUAAAUCGGGAACAUUGCGCAUGACAUCUGGUAUCGAGGGAUUAUCAGUUCUAAAGACAACUAAGUCAGGUUUUGAAGGAUUCAUUAGGGACAAGUACACUAUGUUGCCUGAAACACGGGAAAGAAUGAUGGCUACAGAGGUCACUGCAUCUUGGAGGUACUCUUUUGAAUCUCUCUCAAGUCUUCCCUUGAAGCCUCUGUAUUUCACAGAGAGAUACAUGGAUGUGAAGGAGGUCUUGCUUAACACAUUCUUCGGCCCAUCUAAGGGAGGAGUAUACAGCCCUUCUGUUCAAGCCACACUUUAUGAAAUGGCAAAGGCUGUUCUUGGAAGGUUUCCGGACAUUUCAUUCAUUCAGUUGAAGAUGCCAAAUCUGCAUUUUCUGCCAGUCAAUUUGUCAAGCAAAGAUAAUCCAGUUAUUGUUAAAUUUGAUAAUGAUGUUUAUUUGCCGACGGAUGAACCGCAUGGAACCAUUCAGGCGACUCUUAAUCGUAUUCGGUCAAAGAUGUGAAAUACUGCUGAUCAAAAGUGCCCAUGAUGCUCAUUUCUUACAUUUAAGUUGUUACACCUCAAAGCAACUAAAGGGAACCUGGAAAGAAGCAACAAUGUUACAUGGUUCUGAUUCUUCUAAUCUGCUGUACACAUGUAAAAUAUGGGUGUGUAAUUUUCUGAAUCUUCGUGUAAAAUAAAUAAGUGAUAAUUGUUUCUCAAGUUGUUGGACGUCAUGAUUUAUCCUUAUGAUGUAAUUGGUAAUUUGGCUAAAAGAAAAGCCUCCCCACCUGGAUAUAGAUAACUAUUUAAUAUAAUUCGACCUCUUGUUUAA